CUGGGUGUGGAGUACGCUGGACUGGUCGAAAGGCCGCGUCUGGAGUGAGCGGGUCUGAUCGGGCUCUUGCGGUGCUGCAGGGCGAGUAGUCCCAGGUCUGGGGGAGAGAAUCUUUUCUGUGAGACCGCCUUCUCCCUGGCCCCGCCCCCUCCCAGUUCCCCCAGAGACGGCCGCUUCCUGGUCCCCGUCGCAACCAUGGCCGAAGAACAACCGCAGGUCGAAUUGUUCGUGAAGGCUGGCAGUGACGGGGCCAAGAUCGGGAACUGCCCCUUCUCCCAGAGACUGUUCAUGGUGCUCUGGCUCAAGGGAGUCACCUUCAAUGUCACCACUGUUGACACCAAAAGGCGGACUGAGACGGUGCAGAAGCUGUGCCCAGGAGGGCAGCUCCCAUUCCUGCUGUAUGGCACUGAAGUGCACACAGACACCAACAAGAUUGAGGAAUUUCUGGAGGCGGUGCUGUGCCCUCCCAGGUACCCCAAGCUGGCAGCUCUGAACCCUGAAUCCAACACAGCUGGGCUGGACAUAUUUGCCAAAUUCUCUGCCUACAUCAAGAAUUCAAACCCAGCUCUCAAUGAUAACCUGGAGAAGGGACUCCUGAAAGCCCUGAAAGUUUUAGACAAUUACUUGACAUCCCCUCUCCCAGAUGAAGUAGAUGAGACCAGCGCUGAGGAUGAGGGCAUCUCUCAGAGGAAGUUUCUGGACGGCAAUGAGCUCACUCUGGCUGACUGCAACCUGUUGCCAAAGCUCCACAUAGUACAGGUGGUAUGUAAGAAGUACCGAGGAUUCUCCAUUCCGGAUGUGUUUCGGGGAGUGCAUAGGUACCUGCGCAAUGCCUAUGCUCGGGAAGAGUUUGCCUCCACCUGUCCAGAUGAUGAGGAGAUCGAGCUGGCCUAUGAGCAAGUGGCCAAGGCCCUCAAAUAAGCCCCUCCUGGAGCUCCCUCGCCCCCCUCCAUUUUCUCCACAAAGGCCCUGGGUGGUUUCCACAUGGUUACCCAAUGGACACACUCCAAAAUGGCCAGUGGGCAUAGAAUCCUGGAGCACCUGUGCAGGGCUUGCUGGGGGGGAUGAGGAGAAAGGAGGGGGGAUCUGGGUGAGAUUUUUACUAUGGGGUGGGUAGGACAACGUAUUUCAGUAAUAAAGUACAGAAUGAAAAUCUAGUGCUUUGGGACUUCCCUGGUGGUACAGUGGUUAAGAAUCCACCUGGCAAUGCAGGGAACAUGGGUUCGAGCCUUGGUCCGGGAAAAUCCCACAUGCCACGGAGCAGCUAAGCCUGUGCGCCACAACUACCGAGCCUGUGCUCCAGAGCCUGUGAGCCCGGGUGCAAAAACUACUGAAGCCCGCGCGCCUAGAGCCGGUGCUCCCGCAACAAGAGAAGCCACCGCAAUGAGAAGCCCGCGCACCGCAACAAAGAAUAGCAGCCCCUGCUCCGCAACUAGAGAAAGCCCGCGCAUAUCGAUGAAGACCCAACGCAGCCAAACAUAAAUAAAUAAUU